AUGUUACUAACAAAAGCAGAUGUUAUUAAGGUUCUCUUCCAGCAUACAGGUGCUAUUAUUGGCAAUAAGCUGACGAAACACAGGAAGAAGAAGGCCGUCGCACAACCAUUGCGGCAAAUAUCCAAUUAUGUUUCUUUCACGCCUGUUGAUGAUCUAAGAGAGAAGCAGAGUCGUAAUGGUAACUCAGCUUCCUCUAAUGGACACAAAUCAGGAUCUCCUGCUGUUGGCUUGAGUUCGACAUUUAGUCAAAGAAUGCAUAUCCUGACAGGUAGUAAGAGUCACCACAACGAACCCAUUGAAAGUGAAAGCAAUCCUCAUUCGCAUAUGAAUACGGUUGAGACGGCACAUUCUAUCAGUAGUGUGGACACUAGCGAUGACGAUGAUAAUGAAGAUGAGUAUUCAGUGGCGAAUUCCAGUGCGAUUGCCGGUUCGACUGCCAGCACUAGUAACGGAACUGCUGUCAAUAGUACUACUGACCAAGUGACGACACCUGGAGCUGAAAGCACCAAGACACUUGAAUCCAAAGCACCGUCAUCUCAGAAUUUGUCAGAAAAUGCGAAAUCGAUGUCAGCCAAUUCAUUAGAAACCAAGACUGGAAUGAAGAGUAUUGACCAGCUUCGCACACCUCCAACGCAAAGUCGAUCAUCGUCCAUAUACAACGGAGAAGAAGGAAAGUCAUUGAGGAGUAGUUCUACAAUGCUCUCAGAAAACAAUUCUAGUUCGUCACCAUUCAGUAAACUCAAGAGACUGGCGUCUAGAUUACACGAUGAUGAUGCCGAUAACAAGUCCACACAUAGUGGUGAGCAUGAAGAUGGAAAGAAGAAGAGCCAUUUCCUCAAGGGCCUGGGUCUGUCUUCGAGAAAUUAA